GUUUCCAACUUCAAACCAAACACCCCCCCGCGCCCCCCGGCGGGGAAAAAAGAAAAAGAAAAUAAUAGAGGUAAGAAGAACUUUGCUGCAAGUUUGGCAGCAUAUAUCUUGGAUAAAGAGCUGGAUCCAGUUGCUGCAACUCCAAGAGCGGAAUCCAUAUUUUCUCUUUUAAGAGAAGAAAGGCUACAGAGAAUUGCAAGGUACAAAACUCGGCUUGCUCUUCUCAUCCCCCCAAUUGUAGAGCAGCAGUUAAGCAAUGAUACAAGUGCUGGAAACUGAAAUGCCUGAAUGAUCUUUGAGAUGACGAUGGAUAUUGGGCUCCUUCAUCCGCAUUGUGCCAAAGGAUAAUAGAUACUUGAUGAGUUUUCUCAAGAUGAGAUCGAAAGAUGAAGCUCUCAAAUGUGUGGCACGAUAUUGUUGUAAAGUCCGUGUAUUUGAACGUGUGCAGGUAAAAUCAGUGUAUCACCGAUUGGGUUUUUAUAACUGAUUUAACUUAAAAAAUUUGAGUUAGUUCAGUGUUCUUGCGAUUAUGUUGUUUUAGUGUUAUCAGCCUUUCAAUAGAGUAUAGUGAUUUUUUUUGACUUCAUGGUUGGAGAUUGGAGGACUUGAACAAAUGAAUCACCUUCUUUGUUUUGUCAUCAGCCUUGUGUUGGCUUAAUCUUCUUUGGAUCACAGUCAUCCUGGACCAUUUGGUCUCUAUAUAUGAUUUUCAAAUAGAUUUUUAUGUUAAUCUGGACCAUUAAUCUUCAAGCUGUUGUAAUACUGUUGUCAUUUGUUCUAUAACAAGUUGCCUUA